GGAUAGUCUGCGAAAUCAGAGGGCGACCGGAGCGGAACGGAGCAGUUUCUGUUAUCCAUUUCUCUCUUUUGGUUCACACUCUCUCUCUAAAACGGCUAAAACGCAUAUACGCCUCUCUUUCUCUACCACCACCUAAAAAAAAAAAAAAAAACCAAAUUAGGGUUUCUGCAAUCCUUCGAAUUCAUUUUCCGCCAUGGAUUCUGAGUUGAUCAACACCGUUUCUUCCUCUCCUUCGCCGCCGCCGCUGGCGGCCGCUCACUGUCGGGAUAUAUCGAGGAAGAAGAGGAGGUCUGCCAAAUUGAAACAGUGCAAGUUGGAUGCCCGCCGCGAGCAAUGGCUUUCUCAAUGUGCGGUGAAGAAUAAGGUUUCCAAGGAGGAUGUAGAUGGGAAGUCGAAGCAAAUGUGUGGUGGGGGGAAUCGUUCGAUGGAGAAUUUGGAGGUGAGGAGAAGGGAGGAGGAAGAUGGAGGCAGAUCGAUCCAACAUGAGAGCGAUCCGGAGUCCCCGUCGAACAGUCCCACCAGCAUCCUUUUAGGAGCUAAGGAUUGUGGAACGAAUUUCACUAAUAGCAGCAGUAGCAGCAGCAGUGGAGGAUGUUGUUCUGGUAGCAUUACGGAGGAGGACGAAGGAGGCGAUGACGAUACCUUGGAUAAUUGGGAGGCAAUUGCGGAUGCAUUGGCUGCCGAUGAGAAGCAAGAGACUGAACAGAAUGGAAACCCAUGUUUGGGAUCGACCGCUGGGCCUGAGCCUAUUUCUCAAUCUGGUGGAAUGAAAAAUGGGUUGGGGUCGGGUGUUGAGAAUUCAAAGCAAGAGAGCACGAGGGCGGCGCCAAGAGCUAUAGGGAACACCAGGGCGUGGAGGCCUGAUGAUGCUUUUCGGCCCCAGAGUCUGCCUAAUUUGUCAAAGCAACAUAGUUUUCCGGCAACAGAUCGUCAUUUUGGUCAGGGAGGGGUCCACUGGGCCAGUCCAUCAUCUUGUCCUAUAUGCUUCGAGGAUUUGGAUUUGACGGACUCAAGUUUUUUGCCUUGUUUGUGUGGGUUCCGUCUCUGUCUUUUCUGCCAUAAGAGGAUUCUUGAGGAGGAUGGACGCUGCCCUGCUUGCAGGAAGCCAUAUGAGCAAGAUCCCGUGGAGGCAGAGCCUAGUCUCCUUGGAGGAAGCUUGACAUUUCGGUUGGCUCGCUCUUGUAGCAUGAGGGCAAGGUCUUAGGAGCAAUCUUUCUUUUGUUAACUCUAUGUUGGGUCUCCUUUUCCACAUGUCCUGCAUGUUAUGUUAGUAUAAGUGUUAUGUUAGUGUUAGGAUCUGAUUUUCAUAGACAGAUGUGGGUAUUUGGUGAUACCUUUUGGCACCUGGGUAUUGAACUGUUCUUUCGUAGUUUGGUUCUAUCUCAAUGGUGCUUGUGCUGCUGUAGAGGACUCUUUUUGGUGUGUGAAUAGAUAAGGUGGUAUAGGAAUUCAAUAGUCAAUACAUAAUAAAAAUAAAAAUCAGCU